AUGGCGAAUCUAAGCCAAAAAAUAAACUUUGGGACAUAUGAUAAUUACAUUCCAGUCAGUGAAUUAAGUAAAAAAUCAUGGAAUCAGCAACACUUUGCCCUGGUUUUUCCCAAACCACAACGGCCGGGAACAAAAAGAAGAUCAAAACCUUCUCAAAUACGGGACAAUACAGUUACUGUAAUUGAUGAAGGACAAUUAAGACAUGGCAGGCGACCAUUAUGGAUGUAUCAUUCUUUAAUGAGCAUUUCAGAGAGACCAUCUGUUUAUUUAGCUGCCAGGAGAAAGCCUCCACAAAAAUCAGUUGUAUCCCCCAAAGGAGAUGCUAAAGGAGCACCUUUAGAGAAACCUUUAUCCCCAAAAUUGAGUAAGAAAGUUAAAGGAGACAAGAAAGCAGAGGACACAUCAGAUUCAGAACCAGAAGCCAAAAAAGAUAAGAAAGAUUUAAAGUCAGUGAAGGAUAAGGAUAAAGGAUCUAAAGAUGGAAAACCAGAUGCAAAAACAGGUAAGGGCAAAGAUUCAGCUUCAGAAUCUGAAAGUGAAAAACCAGGGGCAAAGAAGGAUGACAAGAAGGCUGACAAAAAGGAUGACAAAAAAGAUAAAAAAGGUUCAAAGAAGAGCAAGAAUUCAGCUACAGACUCUGCAGGUGAAAAACCAGGUUCAAAGAAGGAUGACAAAAAGGAUGACAAAAAAGAUAAAAAAGGUUCAAAGAAGAGCAAGGAUUCAGUUUCAGAAUCUGGAAGUGAAAAACCAGGUGCAAAGAAGGAUGACAAAAAAGGUAAGAAGGAUUCAAAGGCGGGCAAAGAUACAGCCUCUGAUUCAGAAGCUGAAAAGAAGGGUAAAGAUGCAAAGAAAGGUGAUGAAGCAAAGGAUGCCAAGAAAGAUGCAAAGAAGGGGAGUAAAAAAGAUGAAAAGACACCUGGUGCUGAAAUAAAGGAUGAAGCCAAGAAAGAUGUGAAAAAAGAUGACAAGAAAGAUGACAAGAAAGAUGCCAAGAAAGAUGACAAGAAAGAUUCCAAGAAAGAUGACAAGAAAGAUGACAAGAAAGAUGCCAAGAAAGAUGACAAGAAAGAUGACAAGAAAGAUGCCAAGAAAGAUGACAAGAAAGAUGCCAAGAAAGACGUCAAGAAAGAUGCCAAGAAAGAUACUGACACAGAAUCUUCUGACUCAAAGCCUGAUGCAAAGAAGGGUACAAAGAAGAGUAUGAAGAAGGCCAAGUAG